AUUUUUAACAGUGGGAUGUUUUGCAUUUUUCACUCAUCGUCUGCUGUCACCAUCAGCGAAGUUUUAAUAUGUCGAUUGUGAGUUCGUGAAACUAUUUCCACAUAAAAUUCCCUAAAUAUACGAGUUAAGCCUUCUAAUUUCACCUGCUAAAAUGAACAAGCUCAAAUUGAAUCAAAAGGACAAGGUGAAGAAGUUCAUAUCACUCACCCAAACAGGGGAACAGACGGCAAUCUAUUGUUUGCAAAACAAUGACUGGAAAUUGGAUCUGUCCUGCGAUAACUACUUCCAGAACCCGGACGUCUACUAUCGGGAGCUGGACCGGAAGAAAAUCGAGCAGCUUUUCACGCAGUACCGCGAUCCGGCCGAUCCGAACAAAAUCAACUCGGACGGGGUGGUCAAAUUUCUGGACGAUCUGUAUCUCAGUCCGGAGUCGAAACUGGUGCUCAUCAUCGCCUGGAGGUUCAAGGCGGAAGCGCAGUGCGAGUUCAGCAAGGACGAGUUCAUCAAUGGCUUCGGGGACCUGGGCGUAGAUAGCGUAGACAAACUGAAAGCCAAGCUGCCUCUGCUCGAGCAGGAGCUGAAGGAUCCGAUGAAGUUCAAAGACUUUUACCAGUUCACCUUCAACUACGCCAAGGAUCCGGGCCAGAAGGGGCUGGACCUGGAGAUGGCCAUCGCCUACUGGAACAUAGUACUUAAGGACAGGUUUAAGUUUUUGGAUCUCUGGUGCAAGUUUCUUGUGGAAAAUCACAAACGAUCCAUCCCGAAAGACACGUGGAACCUGCUGCUAGACUUUGCAACCUACAUCGACGACAGUAUGUCCAACUACGACGCGGAGGGCGCCUGGCCCGUGCUGAUCGACGACUUCGUGGAAUGGUGCCAGCAGCAGAACAAAGUUAGCCAUCCUUCGGUAAUCACUUCCACCAGUAGUGCAGCCGCCGCGGGAGUCCAUUUACCGUCCACGUCUUCGUCGUCCGUUUCGUCGCCAUCAUCAUCGUCUACGGUCGCCAAUCCGUACAGCGCCAGCAAAGGUAACCCUUACAGUAGCAACAAUAGCAGCAGCAGCAGUACGGCGGCUAACAUGUACUACUAACUAGAUCGGUUCCCCGUUCUCGUUACCCUUAGUUUCGCUGUUUUUUGGUAAAGGAAAGAAGGAGCCGUCGCGUACUAUUUUUAAUGGAUUGAAUUGUUUUCUCCUUGAUCUUGAUCAUUACUCUCUCUCUCUCUCUCACACAUGCACCGAACGCGAACAAAUUUAUGCUGCUAUCACUACAACAACAGAUUUACCGCUCAGAAUCGAAGAUUUACAAAGUAGUUCAGACAUGAUUUUGCUUACAUUAUCUACACUGAUGUUUUGCUGAUAGUACGUUGCGUUGAUAAUCCGUAACUGAUGGGACUUGAUGAAGAGCGAUUUGAUUUCAAUUUUGAUUAAACUAUAGAGCAAUAAUGGUUCUACCAAAACUAUAUACAUACAAGUACUUGUUCUGCUCCAAACAAAUCGAAGUAUUUGGCACACGUAUUCCUUCAUUUAACAAGAAAUGUGUAUGCUGAAAACUUCAAAAUUAUUCGUGUUGCUUUAUAGUUACUUUUGUAACUGAUCUACGACAGUAAAUUUCACUUACGUAGACAAAUAGUCAAUAUUUGCGGGCCUAUCCUGUUGAGUUUUUCAGUGUCUGCGUUCCCUGCACCAUUCAGGUGUUCGUCGAAGUGUUGCUUCCACCUUUCGAUCAUCCCACGUUAAUCCGUCAAGUGUCGAGUUUCAUGGUGUAGCAUGACUGCCCGUGAUGCGUUCUUCUACUCCAAAAUCUCGUUACACUCCUCGUUUAAUAAAACGUUCCUUCGACUCUGUUUCACGUACCUACCCAACGGUGCUCUUGACUGCGUUCUCUAGAGUUUGGGCCUUGUUUAGCUCGCCUUUGUUCAGCAACGCUGUCUCGAGAUUUGGCGCGUAUGCUGAGGUGACAUCCGGUUGCUUCAAUUGCCAUAUGUCGUACCGUGGUGACCGUCGGUCGGAUUGAUCAUCACCAGGUGGUCAGAGUCGAUGUUAGCACGACGAGACGUCCUGACGUCGAUAAUGUCGGAAAAGUUCCGUUUAUCAACAAGAACGUGGUCGAUAUAGGAUUCCGUCUGCUGUGGUGAUCUCCAGCUGUAACUAUAAGGGAGCCUGUGUUGAAAGAAGGUUCUACGAAUAUCCAUGUUCUUGAAGGCAGCGAAAUCAAUGAGUCGUAGAUCGUUUUAGUUCAUCAUCUGGUGGGCGCUGAACUUUCCAAUCGUCGAGAUGAGUUUCACUUCCUGGUCUAUAUGAGCGUUUAGGUAUCCUAAAUGAAAGCUUAGGUAUCCUAAACGACUUCGGGCUCCGUGGCAACGGUCGUACUCGCGUUCGAGCUGCGCGUAGAAUGCGUCCUUGCUAUCAUCAGUGCUUUCGGAGAGUGGGCUGCGCACGUUGAGUAUGCUGAAAUUGAUGAAUCGGCUAUUGAUCCUCAACCUGCACAUUUUUUCGUCGAACAGCCACCAACCGAUCACGAGCCUGUGCAUAUCGCUCAUCACGAUGAAAGCUAUUCCCAUCUCGCGUGUUUUGCUGCCGCACUGGUAGAUGCUAUAGUUCGAACCAUAGAUCCAGUUCAACACACCUCUUGCAGCGCUACGAUGACGAAUCAAGAUUCUUCUGUAGAUCGGUGAGUAUGCGGGUGCUCUCGAUGAAGUUGAGAGAUCGGCAGUUUCACGUACGAGUUUCCAAUCGCAAGUCCUUUCGUUCUCUGGGGUCCUUGUCGUUGGUCUAGGUUCGUAUUACUCUGUGGCUUACUUGCCGUUGCAGUUACCAUAAAGGCUGGCUCAUAGGACCACCACACACCCUAAUUUUCCAGAGGACCAGGGUGCAUAAUUGAUUUUAUCGUCCUUCACUGACAUUCGCACGUUCUUCAAUCUCCCUAACAUAGAAAACGGACGCUGUUGUGAGCCGCUCCUAACCUAGAGAACAGUUGCUCAGACUUGGCGAAGCAAACUCCUCUUCCCUGUCAGUCUACGACCAAAGUUUCCACCGGGGUUGAUUACCCUAUAUUCUCUAAGAUUGCACGCCACGAGGAAGUAGUGAUAGGAGUUGCUAAGCGAGGUUAUGAUUUCAAUGGGGUCUGUAUUACACGUUACGUAGUCUUUAUCGUACCAUAGAUGUCUAAUAUUGUUCCAAUUUACCAAAAAGUAUGGGAAUAUUGACUUCGGCCCAAUUUUUCUUGCUAAUACAAAAUGAAAAUGCAGUUUUCUUGUUAUUCUUGAAACCCCUAUAUUGUGGCAUUGUUUGUCGACAAAAAAUUAAAAAAGCUCCCUCCCAACUAACAUUUAUUGUGAAUGUAAACGUCAAAAAAGCGUCCUAAGGCUCGACGCUGAAUUACUAUGUUGUACAUAUGGACGGAAGCUUCUAUGCAAGCCCUAUACCAAUGAAUUUGGCGAACUUAAUCCACAUGUAUAUGCUCUGUUCGAGUAGCUUCUAUGCCACCAAGUCAUAGCUCUUUUCUCGGCUCCUAUGUAACCACUAACUGAAUAACAUCUUGAGAAGGCACUUUGUCAGCCUUUUCACAAUUGUUAAAUAAUAGUUAUACGGCAUCCCCAAAUUAAUCGAUUAAAUAUAAUUAGGUUAUGGAUUACCGUGACGCGAUACAUAUGGAACUGGAAUUCUCACUUUUAAAAUUGAAUAAUUAAAGUACUUGCCGCUACUUGGAAUUGAACUCCCGAUCUCCGUAUCCACUGGUCCCGAUCAUGUCCUCGCUGCCACACUGCUAUAUAUAAAUAGCACAUAAAAUAGACCGUUUUGUUUUACUCCAGACAAGGCUUCAUAAUUGUGCUACAAGGAACCUUACCCAACUUCAUCUUGCUGCAAAAGCUUGUGAAAUGUCAAACCCAAAAAUUUUUACAUUGAACAAGCUGUGUGCGCCAACAGGUUCUUCGUCACAGCUCCUAGCUGAAAGAGUGUUCUUUAAACAGCUACAAAGCGCUGCUGUUGUGUGUAUUUGGCAACAUUACAAAACGUACUGUAUAAAAGCAGCUGUUGUAUUGGCUGGGACUCUUACUCGAUUUGUACAUCUUCUGGCAAAUCUUCCGGAGUUGGAUUAAAGUGCAAUAAAAGCAACCCAAAUAAUUUCACAGCACAGAGAUGGAUAGCUGUAAAGAAUUUGUGUAGUUUCUAUACUGCCCCCACUCGCAAAACAGUCCCGUAUAAAUAGGAAACUCAGCAAAGAUGGGACUGUUAUGCGAGUGGCGGCAGUAUAGGUAGCUAUAUAUCCCGCUCAAAGUUUGUUUUGACAAUAAUGUUUACAUCCGACUAGCCGUGUUGGUAAACCAACAGUUUCUUUAUUACAGCUUCUAGCUGUAAUGAAAUCGCAUAACGGUCUUGAAAGCGCUGCUGGUUUGGGGAUUUGUCAGUAUAACGAAUUGUACUGUAUAGUAACAGCUGUUUUGUUAGUGGGGACUCCUAUUCGAUUUGUUCAAGUUUUCACAUCUUCCGGGAAAUCUCCCGGAGUUGGAAUGGAGUGGAGUAAAGGCAAGUGAUGGAUUUCUGAAAACCGAGUUUGGUAGCUGUAUGGUGCUUGUUUUGCAGUCGUGUAUUAGCUUAUGAUUUAUAUUUGACUAGCUCCCCUUUUAUUCAGCGUUGACUGCUUUUAUUCGAUGGUUACACAUCAGAAAGCAAAUGACUGAAGCUUAUAGCGUUGAAAAUGUUAGUUGGGCUGUUUUCGCUUAUAAAAUGUAUGAUCUAUGAGAUACGGUUUUUUUUUUUUCACUAGAAUCAAAUGACCUAGCUAUGUGUUGCUCACACUUCAGUCCAUUGGCCAAAUCUUCGCAAAUAAGCAGUCUGAUAAUGUAGCACAAUCAUGAACAAUAUACUCAUAACUAAACGUUCUACGUCAAUUGUCCCCUUUGUUCUCGGCACGCGAACUUACUUGCUUAGCAAACCUGGAUUUUUUUCCGUUUCAGGUUCAUAAUCAUCGUAAAAAAAAAAACGAGGAAGUCAGGCCAUAGAAGACAUUAAAAAGAUCUAAGUGAAUGUAUAGAGAGCGGACACGUGAAAUUUUAUCCUAAUUUACAGUAGACAAAGCGCAGCAGCAAACUCAGUUUGAUCAAUUAGAAUAGUGUAAUAUACAUUUCGUUUAAGAAGAAAAGAGAGAAAAACACAAGUCUUUGGUAGCGAUGCAAUUAACGAAAACUAUUUGAAUUCAUUAAAUGUUGAAAACGUAUAUAUACUAUGCUAUUAUUACUAUUAGUACCAUUAAAUAAUGAUGUAAUAAAACAUC